CGAUAUAGUCUAAUUUGUUUGUGGGUUUGAUAAUACUAGGGCAAUUUAAUUUCAUUUCAUAAGAAGGUACAUAAUAACCCAUUGGUCUAAGGGCCGAACAUCGGUGGUUCGAAAUUAAAGUGUUAUACAUUAUUGCUGUGGCCCAUAGUACCUACUCAAUGCAUGAUGCAUGUCAGCACGAAAGAAAGAACGAAAGACACUGCUGAGAGCCUGAGACGAUGACUACUGGGCGCUGGGGGGAGAAACAAGAAAAGAAAGAAGAAAAGACAUUAAAAUGGAUGCAUGACACCGUAGAGGAAGAAGAAGAAGCUAAGAAAGGAAAACGCCGGGGAACGAGCCAGGGCAGACACAGUAGAGGAGUUAUUGCUCGAGAUGGGGAGGCAGAGGUUUGCCGAGCCGAGCCGAGGCUAUUACAACAAAAAAGUGAGAUUAAAAUCCAGGAUUUGAAUCCACUCACUCGGGAAGAGAAAAAGGAAAUAAGCAUUCUUAUAAGAAUCGAAACGGAUAAACGGCCGGUCCAGUAGAAUCGUUAAAUCAGUUAUAAUAGUGCGGUCCGGUUUAUUGCUUGUACGGUUAUUCAUGUACCAAACGAUUUUUCACAGUUCAACAUAAAAUUAAAUGAAUCACCACGAUUUAACAGGUCCAUUGGUUCACUAUCUUAACCAACAAAAAAAUUAAAAAGUGCUUUUAACAUAAACUAAAUAAUCAAUAAUAAUUUUACAUAUGCCUCCUCUUCUCAUUCCAACCUUGUUGUCAACUUUAUGUUGUCCACUAUCGAUUGGAACCGUAAUUUUUAAUUUAAAUUUAAGAGUAUGGUUUUUUUUGGUGAGAUGGUUUAAAUGAUUUAUUAGAUUUUUUGGUGAUGAUAUGAAUUUGAAUUUGUUUAUGGUCAAUGAUAACUUCAUUCUUAAAUUAGUGUAAUAUACAAGUCUUAUAUGUUAUCUAUUAUGAACAAUUCUAUCCACGGUUAACCAAUAAUUUUGUAACGAUUAACCACUGAACCCUAAAAGACUAAUUUUUCCGGUUCAGCCUACUGUCCUGUUGUCAAAGCAGAGGAAAUAAGUGGGGAAGGGGCCGGCCCAUUCGUCGAUUCAAUUCACGAUUGGGCCCUGAAUUGUUCGGUUGAUUACCGUACUCUGUUUAUGUAUCUGGAGCCCAAAUAUCAAAAGCCCAAAACUAAAGAAAAGCCGAAAACUGAAUGAAUCCCACUCCGCAGCGGCCAUGUUUAACUGGUUUAGGGCAUUUUCCGUUUCAUUGUCUAUCUCGGAUUCUUCUCUUCCCUUCCCUUCUCUUCCGUUGAGUGGUUCCAUUAAUCAAUAAAAAAAAACCCAACUUUGUCACCUCCAGCGGGCAUGUCUCGUUUCAAUCUAGGCGUUUGUCGAUCUACAAUCAUGGCAACGACCGAGAAUGAUGGCAGUUCUGAUUGGGAUCUGCCGCCAAGCUCACUCCUUCCCCCUUCCGCCCUCAGAAAACGGCGCCGGUUCUGUCCAGAGGGAAACCCUUCUCCGCCUCCCCUGAAUCUGUUCGGAAAACUGAUUGACGACCUCGUCGUCGAAAUUCUGAUCCGCCUCCCCAAUCCUAGAUACUCCUGCCGCUGCAAAGCCAUCUGCAAGCGGUGGAGAUCCCUCAUAUCCGACCCCAGCUUCAAUCGCCGUUUUAUUUCUCAUCACCGGAGUAGGUACCGACCAGCAGCUCUGUUUGUUCCCGCACACGAUCCCCUGUCCAUCCUCAGCUUUCUCCCCGUACCCGAUGAAGCUCGACCGCGUUUGAGAGCCUUCGAUUGCUUCAAGGACUUGCUUUUGUGCGGGUUUGAGGACUAUUUUAGCGAAUUGGGUAGGUCCUACUCGGUCUGCAAUCCGUUUACAAAGCAGUGGAUCGCCCUUCCAUUGGCGCCUACAAGGCCGGAAGGUGGGUAUGAACGUUCUGUGGUAGUGUUAGCUUGUCAACCCCGUUGUACUAUUAGCAUUAGUAGUAAUUAUAACCUUGUGCAGCAGCUAGGAGACGAACCAGAACCAGAACCUGCAGCAGCAGCCUUUAUUUAUUCAGAGUAUCGUUUUCGCGUGGUGCGUCAUUUAUCGAGUGGCAUGGAUUUGAUACAGGACGUGUUUUGUUCCGAGUCUGGAGAAUGGACGCGGAUUUUUAUGAGGAACUCCUUUGAAAGGCCAUGGACCAAUGUAGUCUGGUGGAACGGGCUGUUGUUUCGGAUGAAUCUUGAUCCCUCUUCCUUGCACUCGGAGCUUGUUGCAGAUGAUCCUUUCCGCCUAGAUAUACUCGCCACCAAAGCUCUUACCGUACCUUCUAAAUUGUGGAACCCGUUGUGCAAUGGAAGUGGGAAUAUUUCGGUCUCACAGGGCGCUUUGCACAUAGUUCUGUUGCAAGUUGAAGGUGUACGUUAUGGUUCGAGGAAUGCCUUGAGUGUUUGGAGACUGGAAAAAGAUGAUGACGAGCGUUAUCUGUGGAGCAAAAUAUAUGAAAUGGCGUUGAAGAGGACAUCCUUGUUGUGUGGUCAGUUUGAACUUGAGAACUGCUUUGUGCUUGAUCUGCAUCCCGAGAAGCCGGAAAUGGUAUUCUUUAGAUACUUGGAGGAUCGUAUUUUCUCCUUCAAUUUGCGGACGAGAAAGGGAAAGCCUGAAUUCUUUUCUGGAGUAACACUGAAUUGCUCUAAACCCACUUGGAGGGCGUUGCAGCCUAGAGUCUCUUGCUGGCCUACUCCUAUUCCAGGGUACGAGGACCUGCGAGGUGUGUACGAUGGAAGCUACGAUUGUUGGGUUCAGAGCAGCACUGUGACAACUCCUCCCUCAACCAUUGAAAAAUACCAACCCUUGGCUGAACAGUCUGGUCGUAGGAGGAAGGACAAGAGAUCAUCAACAGCAUUACACUCUAAGCGUUGCGUUCGAAGGAAGCAGAAAGUGGGGAAAGGCGCUCAGCUUGUGGCCUAAGAGUGGUAGAAGAAACUCAUCUUCUGUGAUCAAUUAAAGUGAAAGGAUCAUCCUCUGGCGAGUGGGUGCUGUUGGGCGCUUGAACGUAUGUAGUGAUGGUCUGUAGGAUGAUGGACAGCAGCAGGAGUACCGAAGUUUUAGCAUGCGUUGGAUGUUAUUUAGAAUGUGGACGAUGAACUUGUUCGAAAGGACAUCUGGGUAUUAUUAUCUAUUUAAGAUGGCAGCCAUUGGUUUUAGUUUAAGAUGCUCUGUAUUUCAAUUCAUAAUAAUGUAAAGUUGUCGGCGUAUUGCUAGUUACGAUGGUUAUAAAAUGUAGCUUACUCA